UAAUCCCCGGUUCACAUCUAUGCGGGUGGUGCCGCUGCGGAUCCGCACGAAAAUCCAUGCAGCAGCACCACCCGCACAGAGAAUUGCGGACCCACGGGUGGGUGCCAUUAGUUCUAAUGGCACACCGCCCGCACUGGGAAAUGCAAUUGUACUGGGAACCGAGGUUCCUGUGCGGGCUGCGUUUUCCAAAGUAGUGCAGGGACUUCUUUCCCUGCGUGUCACGGGCACGGGAGUCCAUUUAAAUGAAUAAGCUCUCAUCCAGGGGCGAACUGACCAUUUGGAAACUC